GCAUUAUCCCAUACUGUUCCACUCACAAGUACCGUCUGUUUUGAUUAAGAAGCAUUUUGUUCCCACUACACUCCUGGGCCAGUCAGAACGAUGAGCUCCCCACUCUCUAUGUUAGGCAAAAACAAAAGAGUUCCCUUCCCAGGACCCCAAAACCAGGGGAGGAGAGGUCUUCCUUCCAAAGAGAAACUAGACAAGUGUCAUGAAGCUACUAUGCCAGAUGACAGUAUCUCCCCGGGACUAAGGCAGCCAGCCCCCCCAGCCUCAGAUGCUCCCUCUACAUCCAGGUUGAAGGUCACACAGAGAAAGAGCAACAGCAAUGGCGCUGGUCUCAGUGACUUUGAGCUGAUGACAACCAUGAUGCAGAAACUAACCCAGCUGGAGAGAAAGGUGAAUGCCCAGUCCUUGGACAUCCAGCGCAAGGAGAAAAAGAUUGCUCUUCUGGAAGAGAAACUCAGAAUUCUUCAAAAGUCACAAGAGAAAACCAGCAGCUCGAGCCAGGUGGAAGAAUUAGAGCAGACAUGCGUCAGACUACAGAAUCAGGUGUGGGAGAUGGAGAGUUUUCUGAAUGACUAUGGUAUGGUAUGGGUGGGGAGCAGUGAGGGGCAAGACACGCCCAGCCCACAGGAAGAGAGGGAGGGUGAACAGGAAGUGCAUCACGGACGACGCCUGUGGCAGCCAGGUGCCACUGUGGUCCGGGAUUUUCAGAUGAACUUUGACCUGGUGCUGCAGAGCAUCCGGGAUCUGAACAUCGUGGCGGGGGAGGGCGUGUCCCACGUGGAGGCCACGCCCGGGGGCGCACGGCUGGCGCGCCAGUCUCCCGUGCCCCUGACGCUCUUCAGCAACGGCAUCGUGAUGUUUGGCGGCCCCUUCCGCUCCUACCAGGACCCCAGCACGCAGCAAUGCAUGCAGGACCUGAUGGACGGAUACUUCCCUUCCGAGCUGCAGAAGAAGUUUCCGGAUGGAGUGCCCUUCCAGGUCAGUGACAGGAGAGAGGAAGUGUUCAAGGAGAGGCGGGUGGGGGCGGAGUUCCCCGGGGAGGGGAAGGCGGUGGGCCAGGCCACGGAACACAGCCCUGAUAACGUCGGACACGCCCCCGACAACACCCUGUCGGUGGAGCAGUUUCUGAACAAGCUGCCGAAGGUGGUGAUAAAGGCGGGGAAAGUGAUUGACGUCCGUGACUCGGUGAAGGCAACCAUGCGGGGCUCUGGGAGCAGCUCAGACAACCAUACAGGAGCUUUAAUUGACACACCAGCCCUGCAAGACAUGAAGAAAAGGUUGGAGGCCCGCGGUUCCCCCAGGACCCCCUCUCCUAGUGACGUCACCAUGCUGCGGGUCAGGUCCGAGGACGGGGAGCAGACGUACCUCCUCAAAAUGCGCCUCUCAGAGACAAUCGGGCACCUGCGCCAGUACCUCGACAAGCACAGGGGGGAGGGCCUCGUGCCUUAUGACAUCAUCAGCACAUUCCUGCCCCGCUGCUAUGAUGACGACUCCCUGACACUCGCUACCUGUGGCCUUACUUCCAAAGCCACGCUGUUGCUGCGGGCUAAACCAAAACCCCACUGACACACAGCCCCCUCUGACCCCACGCCCAGCACCCCACAGACCAGAGCCAUGUGUCAAUUGCACACAUCUGUGACAGAGAACAUGGUUUCUCAUUCCAGAAAAUAACAACUAGUUAUCAGUGUGCCAAUGACAGGCAAAACGGCUGAUAACGCUACUGUAGGGCUGCAGGCAACCCACACAAAUCCGACAGAGCAACCAGAAAUAUACGUGUUUGUUAAGAUGUAUUAAGAUUAAUGCAGUAAGACUGAGUCAGUGUCCCACACCCCGUUUUUUUUUUCUUUUUACGGUAAACACAGUCCUCUGAUAGCACGCUUUAAUUUACUUCAAUUAAGCAGCCACUCGGAGAAAUCAAGGGAAGUGAAUUUGGCACGAGCGCGGCGGUGUCUGCCUUGCUCAGCACAUUGUUCAAAAGGCUCUCGCGUGAUGCUCUGGCCAGACAGGAGUCAGUCCUACUCAGCCGGCUGAUUUCAUCUUGUUUGAUCAGCUCUGUAACAGCCAUCAGUUAUAAUGCAGUCUGCCUCAGACAGCCUUUGUGUAAGGCAGUUCUA